UUAUGACUAAUUUUAAGUUCGUUGUACAAUUUUAUCAUCUGGGAGGAGAAUUUACUUAAGACUGUUUCGUUUUCUCACAAACAAAACAAAUUUAUACCGUUUCUCACUAAGUGCUUAGACUAUUUACAUGCCGGAGUGGUUAAGAUUAGUUCUGCAGCUAGAGCCUGGUCUGUAAUCUCUCAGCUAACUUAGCUUCUUCUGCUCCUUACUUCAAGGGGGAGAAAUCGCUUCCUCUGUUCCUCGAACUAACGGAUGUCAUAGAUUGCGUAUCUGUUCAUCUGUUGUAUGUCGAUUAUUUUUCGGCCUAAUGUUAGGCCUUGUGGAGUUCUAAGUAGAUGAUCUUCCAUCAAUUGCUGUAUUUCUCAAGUUAACAUUUUCACUUCAGCUAUACUAUGCUGCAAAUUGCUUAAAGCGUCAGAUUCAUGACUAAUAAGCAUACUCAACGCGGAAGUCUCGGGAUGUUUCCUAAUAGGAAGAGUGUUUAUGCACCCAAUGGAGAUUAACCAGUAGAGAUACUAAAAACCAGGCAAUGGCCCUUGGGUCUAAUGGUAUUACAAAUACAACCCACAUUCUGUAGGCGGAGGGAGGGGGGUUCGUAGAUUCCACAUGAUACUCGGGUUUAACAGUGUGGAGGUAGGAUCCAUCUGCCCAAAAUGACAUAUGCAUACUUAUGAAUAAUACACGUGUCCUUUAUGAGUAGGGGUGUAGAUGAGACGAGACAGCUCGCGAGCUACUCGAGAUCGACUUGGUCAAAACUCGACUCGAUUGAUAGAACUCGAGUUUGACUCGAGAUGUUGACGAGUCGAGUUGAGCAACUUAAUACUCGACUUGAAAACUCCCGAGAAGUUGGAAUAUCCAAUUAUCUAUACAAAAUACUGAAAUUUGGCAUAUUUUCUACCUUAGGGUUGCUUUUAGCACGAGACACUUGCAAAAUACUCGAAUUCUACUCGGUCAAAACUCGACUCGGUCAAAGCUUGGUCAAAACUUGAUCAAAGCUUGAGUAAGCUCAACUCGCUCGACUAAAAGUGCUAACGAGUCAAGUCGAGCUAGCUCAAACUCGAGCUCAGCUCACAUCAUUUACACCUUUAUUUUUGACUCUAUAUAAACAGGUGGUUCAUCUUACACCCGAGUGUAAUUUUAAACCUUAUACUCUCCUUCAUUGUUUACUUUGGACACAGAUUAAAAAUAUUGUACUCUAUAGUUUGGAAGAGCAUCAAUUUUUAUGUUUUUGUUCAUUGUUUUUGAGAGCAAAUGAGAUCAUGAACUUUAUUGCAAGUUCUCUGCCAUUAGUGAAAAACUAGUAAAGACACCAAAAUAAAAGUAUUAGUAGUAGUAGUAGAAAAUUCCUUGUCUAUUUGUAUUUUGUCCCCUCCUAUAACUGAUUCAUGACAUGUGUUGGCGGGAAAGACAAAUUUCUAGAAUGUCAUCCAUUUUCAUACCCCUUCUAGAAAAUGAGAAAAUCUAUUUUGAUUCUAAACUUAUUAAUGGCUGCUUUCAAGUAUUUUGAAAUUCACAGUACACAUGGAAAAUUUAUUGUAUAAUAUGCCAAUGUUAUUAAAUUGACAAGAUUAGGGUUACAAGAUAAACAAUGAGACUACUCGUGUUGUAUACUUGUAUCGACAAUUAGAUACCUAACAGUUAGCUAUUUCAUAUCGCUCUUGGUUAAAGUUGGCAAUUACUUUCACAUGUACAAUGGAGCUGCUCCAUUUGGAAAUAAACCAUGUCAGAAUAUGUACAAAUAUCUACUUGUUAAAUGAUGAAUCUACUCAAUUAGAAAUAAAUCAAGCCAAUAUGUGUACUAAAAUUUGAUACAAUGUGCAAAAAAAAGCUAUAGCAAUCAAGGCCAUUAUUUGUUGCCUUUAUUGUAUUGUCAAACACCAAAAGUUGAUUUCUUUUAACAUUUCUUUUAACAUUUCUUUGAGCUAUAAAUAUGAAGAUCACUCUUAUCUUCAAAUUAAUAUAAUUCACAAAUCACAAUGGCCAAAUUCAUAAAUUCUCCACUUAUCUUAUGUAUCUUUGUACUCAGUCUUUAUACUGUAGGAACAUUGUCUCUGAAUAUCAAUGAUGAUAGAAAGGCAAGUUAUAUCAUUUGUUUCCCCAGCUAAAUUAGACUAACCCUGUUUUAUUAGUUGCAAUUCCUUGACUAUUACACUAUUCAUAACUUCACUCAAUUUUUUUCACUAUACUUAUACAUAGAACGAAUUUCAAUAUGUAUGAUGUGAUACUUAGAUCAACUGGUAAGGGAGUUGUUCUAGCUUAACCAGAGGUUUCGGGUUUGAGCCCUGGGAACGCGGCAGUGUGUGUUGGGAGAGCUUUAUCCCCAAUUGGGGCAUGACCCGGCUCGAAUCCGGAUUAGUCGGAUCCAAAAUUGAUUUCGAAAACCGGAUGUGAAAUUUCACCAAAAUUAAAAAAAUGUGUUGGAUUUAUUGUACAAAAUACCAACUUUGUGUAAUUUCACUAAUAGAUAAUGAAAUUAUCGAUAGUUAAAAUUAUGCAUUGAUAAGCGUGAAAGUCAAAGUUUUUUUUUUUUUUUUUUUUUUUGACAUCCAAAAGGUCAAAGUUUUACGACCAAAAUAAAAUGUGGAGGAAGUAUGUGAUAUGGAUUACAAACAAAAACUGAUUUUCAUUUUUUUCAUGUCGUAGGUUUAUAUUGUAUAUAUGGGUUCUACAUCUGAUGAAUACUCUCUUACAACUGAAUACCAACUUGGUUUUCUUCAACAAGUUUUAGAGGGCAGUAUGGCAAAAGAGUCCUUGGUAAGAAGUUACAGUCGGAGUUUCAAUGGUUUCGCAGCGAAGCUGACUGAGAAAGAGGCAGAAAAUCUCAAGAGUAUGAAAGGAGUGGUUUCUGUGUUUGCUAGUAGAACACUCGAACUUCAAACGACAAGGUCUUGGGAUUUCAUGGGAUUUCCUGAGACUGUGAAGCCUGUAAACAAGAGUGCUGAGAGUAACUUGAUAGUUGGUGUUAUUGACAGUGGAGUUUGGCCUGAAUCACCUAGCUUUAACGAUGAUGGCUUCGGCCCUCCUCCUAAGAAAUGGAAAGGUGUUUGUAAGGGUGGUAAAAAUUUCACUUGCAACAACAAGAUUAUUGGAGCGAGGACUGUCUUUGAAUCGGCAAGGGAUACUCUUGGCCACGGCACUCACACUGCCUCUACAGCUGCUGGGAGAAUUGUGGAUCAUGCAAGCUUUUAUGGGGUGGCUGAAGGAAGUGCUAGAGGGGCAGUUCCAUCGGCCAGGAUCGCUGCAUAUAAAGUUUGUGGUGGAUCUUCUUGCCAGGAAUCAGAUGUUCUUGCUGGUUUUGAUGAAGCUAUUGCUGAUGGUGUUGAUUUGAUUACAAUUUCCAUUGGGGGAUCAGCUGCAGUUGAUAUGUAUGCUGAUAGUAUUGCGAUAGGUGCGUUUCAUGCAAUGCAGAAAGGAAUUUUAACUGUGCAGGCCGCUGGAAACUCAGGCGAUUCAAGUGGUACUGUAGGAAGUGUUGCACCCUGGCUUUUAAGUGUUGCAGCAAGCACUAUAGACCGUCGAAUUGUUGAUAAAGCUGUCCUUGGAAAUGGAAGGACGUUAAUAGGUAAUUCUAUCAACUCCUUCGCGAUGAAGGGAGGCAUGAGACCUUUGGUAUAUGGGACACAGGCGUCUUCGCAGUGUUCUGAGGCAGAUGCAAAGUUAUGUCUUUCGGGCUGUCUAGAUAAAAAGUUAGUGAAAGGAAAGAUUGUAGUUUGUGACAGUAAUGAUCAAUCUGGAAUCCGUGAAGGUUUUAAUGCUAAUGCUUCCGGGGUAUUAGCACGUUCUUCUAUCACAGAUGUGUCUAUGAUUUUACCAACUUCUGCAAUUGAGUUGAAAAACGAGGAAUAUGAAGCAUUGUUAUCCUACCUUAAUUCCACAAAAGUUCCUAAGGCAAACAUCCUAAAGAGUGAAUCUUCUAAUGACACUUCUGCUCCUGUUGUUGCUUCAUUUUCUUCUCGAGGGCCUAAUCUUAUUGCAUCAGACAUCCUCAAGCCUGAUAUCGCGGCACCAGGAGUAGAAAUUCUGGCCGCGUUUUCACCUGUGGGUGCUUUGUCUGAAUCUGUUGAUGAUCCAAGAUCAGUUAACUAUAGCAUCUUAUCUGGGACAUCUAUGUCUUGCCCUCAUGUUGCUGGUGCAGCUGCUUAUUUGAAAUCUCUUCAUCCUGAUUGGUCUCUUUCAGCUAUCAAAUCUGCUUUGAUGACUACAGCACGUCCUAUGACCCCUUCUAAGAAUCCAGAUGCCGAAUUUGCCUAUGGAUCAGGCCAUCUGAAUCCCUUGGAAGCUGCAAAUCCUGGACUUGUUUAUGAAACAGCUGAAGAUGAUUAUAUGACAUUUCUCUGCAAACUAGGUUACAACAAAGAGCAGAUUACUCUAAUUUCGGGUAAUAGAAGUUUCUCUUGCCCGAAAAAAACGAGUAACAAGAGCUUAUCAGCAAAGGAUGUUAACUAUCCUUCCAUGGCUUCCUUAGUUGAUUCUGAAAAAUCUUUCAAUGUCAUGUUCUUUAGAACAGUCACUAAUGUUGGAGUUGCUAACUCCAAUUACACAGCAAAAAUCGAAUCUGAAAAGAAUAUUAAGGUCACAGUUAAUCCUGAAUUUCUUUCAUUUACAUCAUUGAAAGAAAAGAAGUCCUUCAAUGUGAGUGUUGUUGGCAAGGGAUUAUCAAUUGCCUCCCAUGUUUCUGCAUCAUUGGUUUGGUCUGAUGGAAUUCAUAAUGUUAGGAGUCCUCUUGUUGUAUACACUAAUUCAACAACUUAAUCUUAGAUUACAUGUUGGAUAUUUCAUGUAAUGUAUGUUUAGCCACAUCUCAAAUGAAUAGUGAUACAAGUUUACAUUAGAAUUUAGAUGAGUUUGUUUUUAUAAUAUGUCGAAUUAAAAGAACAGAUAUACUCGAUUUGAUAUUAGUUUUCAUGUUA